AUGUCUGGCAUUAUUGGUCCCUCAACCAGCCCGAGCACCUCCGCCGCUCCGCUCGUGCAUCAGCUGAACGCUACCGCCUCCGGCUCCCUGCUUCCGUCUUCAGUCCGCGACGUCGUCCUGUUUCCCCUUCGAGUCCUUUACCGCGCAGAAACAUUUGCUUUCCGUACCGUCCCCCGAAACAUUGCCAGACUUGCUGGGCUUGAACACCUGGGUACAAGUCUUUGGGGUGCUGCAACGGUGGGCGAGACGGGGUUGGCAGACGGCGCUGCGGCUGCGGCGACACGCGGUGCUGCGGAUAUGGCUGGCGAGGGAGUUGCCGAUGCGGUAGCUCGAGGUGGAGGGCUCCAUUUUAGUGAUUUGCUGCAGACUAUGAGGAAGCUCGGCGGAUUCUUCUCCUAUCUGACGAGUCUUUGGUCGUUUGCCUGUUUGAUCGAGGCUCUUGUACUGAACCGCAUUGCCAUUUACGCAUCUACACGGCGACAUCUCCGCCUGGGUUGGGAACGACGAUUGGCCUUGCGCAUAAUUCCCAUCAUUCUUUUCGUGACGCAGAUCCUCGUCCUGCUCCGGGGCAUUCGAUGCCAGACAUCCCCCGAUUACGGGGCAAUGCGCUAUAGAAAGCCCGGGAAGCAGCUGAUUUUCGACUAUGCAGGUGGCGGCGGCGCCCUGUACUCACUGAGCUCAAAGCUCUUAAGCUGGGAAUCCGACCAGCAGUCUUGCAGCGCAGUCAAGAUGGGCCGCGUGGGUAGCUCUUCAGAAAUUCCCUAUGGCUCCUACUCUAUCUUGUGGCCGGUUUUCAUGGUACUUUGCCUUAGCCACUUUGUCGAAACGCUGUCGUGUGCCUUGCAGGGCAGAGCUGUGUUGACCGAGGCAGGCAUGUCCAUCUUUGAGCAUUCACUCGCCUUUGCAGAGGCCGAGUCCAUGAUCAGCAAAUCUAUCGGCCUUGGUCUAUUCGGUCUGCCGAAGCAAAAUCCUCUCAAUGAAGGCGGAUCCGCCGAGUCUCCCUCGCCGCUCCAAAUGCUCACACGAUCUCAGGUUCUGGAACGAAUGAACGUCACACCGGAGUUACUUCUCAUCGCCUUAAUAUCUUGUUCUAAUAGUCUGACUUCUCACGUCCUCGAUGUCUUCGGCAAGCAGAGUAAUUAUCGUCUGCUCAAUACCGCUUUCUGGGGAUUUUGUUUCAUGGCUGCUAUGGUCUGGGGCUUCUAUAGCGGGUCGCCCGUGAACAAUGAGACGGGAGUUCUUAGGUUUCCAACCGUCUGCAGCGUCGGAUUCGUCCCACACAUGCUUGUUCUAGCCGGCAUCGUGACGUGUCUUGCGAUCUACGGACUGGCGCUGGUCAUCACUGCAUUCUCAUUGGAUGUGGAAGAUUCCCAAACAUUGACGCUGCGCGAGAGAUUUUCGUUGGCUCACGAGAACAUGCAAGGUUCGAAUCAGAUCCGCAGCAUCCGCAUCAACCGGCAUGACGACUUCUACACAACAUUGCUCCGUAUUGGCUACGUUGCCUUGACAGCCGCCAGCGAAGCAGUGUUCUUGAAUGAGGGGAAGACGGUUAUUGCACGGCCAAUGACGUGGCUAGAAGAAGACCGACUCGCAGAAAUUGAGGCUUCUCGACAGAAAAGCUCUUCCUAUGGCAACUGGCCAAAUCAAGCUGAUGGUGGGCCGCCAUUUGACGCUGCGGGCUUCGCAAGCUUCGACGUCCCGCAAGCGCCCUCGGCAUGGGAGAGUGGCUACAACAAGGAAAGAAAGAUCGAAAAGCCAAAGAGCGGUUCCCGAUCAAUGCGGUCUCAGGCUGAACUUGGCGGUGUAGGCGCUGUGCGUGGCGCAGUUCGGUGUGCUCAUGGGAUUUCGUUCUUCCGCGCCAUAUUCAUGCUUCUGGGUCAUUGGAUUGCCUACUGGCUUAGUCGAUUGCUUGAUCGACUGGGGAUCAACACUCGCCCGCGGUGGCUAAAACGUUCGGCUGGAUCACGCCAGUUCAAGCCCGGGACCGGGGAUGUGGCUCAUUUGGAAUCUUUGGAUUUCUGGAUACUUACAGAAGACGGGGAGCUCGAACUCCCAGAAGACCACGAGUUUGAUGUCGAGCUGGAAAUGAGAAAGCGAGAGCGCUCUGGCCGGAAUCAGUGGGAAGGGUCUGAUGAACUUCAGCUGGACGACAAACUGUACGGCUGGUGGAAGUUGGGUGGGAGUUGGGGCAACCAAGACCAUACAUCUGACUACAAUCCUCCCGUCAAUGACGAUGACACGACAAGUAUGAUCUCAAUGUCCACCAAUGCCACUGACUCCGAAUGGGAAGAUUAUGCAUCAGAUGGUCGCCGCACACCGACCCAGACUAACCCUUAUCCCAUCGAGUUCUCCCGGGAGAGCACACCGUCCCAAGAUCCUCUCAUAGAUAUUGGCACCCUCGCACGUCUUCUCGACCCACAAGACCGCGAAAGUCGCCAGGAAGCCCGAAUUCUCGCCGCACAUCUCAGCCCCGGAAAAGAGUCCCAGAUCAUGACCCGCAGUCGGUACCAGAAGCAAGUAGAACGAGAGCGAUCCCGCAUUUUACUAUCAUCACGUCUAAUCCACGGCUCUUCAUCGUCUCAAUCCAGCGGUAUCAAACGCAAACCCACCCCCGAAGAAGAGUCUGAAAUGCUAGAACGCCUCAUCCUCUCCCGGCGCGCAGAGAAAGAAUCCCUCGACUCCAACACCUGGGAAUCCGGCGCAACAGGCCUGCCGAAUGGCCCGCCCUGUGUCGUCUGCCAAACCAACCCGCGCGCCAUCAUCACCUGGCCCUGUCGCUGUUUGUGUAUCUGUGAGGAUUGUCGGGUUAGUCUCGCCAUGAACAAUUUCGGGAGUUGCGUCACCUGUCGCCAGGAGGUUGGCGGGUUUAUGCGCCUGUGGGUUCCAUGA